UCGGCAACGCCGGCUUGAUCCUGGGGCUAUAAAACGAGUCCACCGCGAGCGCAGCGGAGCAGCAGCAGCCGGCUCGCCGCCGCCCCAGCACUUCAGCGCCUUCCUACCCCGAGCCCUGCGCUCCUGCGCCAACUCACGCUGUCCUCGGACCCCCGCCCGUCUGGCCGCGCUCAGCGCCCACUGGGCCAACGCCCAAGAGACCCCCUGCCCCGGCCGCGGCUCCUGGAGGGCCGAUCGCUCACCUGCUCCAGCCCGCCUGAGGACGGGGGCGCCUUCAUGCGGUCCCCACACCCCUCAACCCGCCGCUGCCGCCGUCCCCGAGCUCCGCGCGCUGCGCCCCAGCCCCAGCAGGGCGCGCAACUUUGGAAGUCCCGUGGCGCUCCGAGAGGCGGCAGAGUCGGCGCCCUAGCCCCGGGCCCCCGGCCCGCGCCGCACCGCAGCGUCUGGGGGAAAGGAGAGAGUCAGUAAUCGCUUCAGGGAUAUAAGGAGACAGACUGUAGGACCCCGAGCUCGCACCAGCGCCCUUCGGCUGCCUCCCGGGGUAGGGGCGGGCCCCGCACACGAAAUAAAACUUGGCUGUGCUUAGGAGCUUGGAGCGGGAAGGCGCCCACCGGGAGCGUCCGAAGCGCAGGCCCGGAGCCGUUCGCUGGAGCCGGGCCCAUGGGCCGCUAGCGGUCCCCCAGCGUGGGCCUGGCCUCCCUGCGGCCCCCUCCCUAUGUGAGCCGCGGCCGGGCAAGCGGGGCGCCGGAGGAAGAGGAGGACCCACGGGCGCCCGGCCGGAAGGCAGCUGGCAGCAGGCCCGGGCGAGCGGGCGUCCGCGUUCAUGUUCCGCCAGGAGCAGCCGCUGGCCGAGGGCAGCUUUGCGCCCAUGGGCUCCCUGCAGCCGGACGCGGGCAAUGCGAGCUGGAACGGGACCGAGGCUCCGGGGGGCGGCGCCCGACCCACCCCUUACUCCCUGCAGGUGACGCUGACGCUGGUGUGCUUGGCCGGCCUGCUCAUGCUGUUCACUGUGUUCGGCAACGUGCUCGUCAUUAUCGCUGUGUUCACGAGCCGCGCGCUCAAGGCACCCCAAAACCUUUUCCUGGUGUCUUUGGCCUCUGCCGACAUUCUGGUGGCCACGCUCGUCAUCCCUUUCUCGCUGGCCAACGAGGUCAUGGGCUACUGGUACUUUGGGAAGGUGUGGUGCGAGAUCUACCUGGCGCUCGACGUGCUGUUCUGCACGUCGUCCAUCGUGCACCUGUGCGCCAUCAGCCUGGACCGCUACUGGUCCAUCACGCAGGCCAUCGAGUACAACCUGAAGCGCACGCCGCGCCGCAUCAAGGCCAUCAUCGUCACCGUGUGGGUCAUCUCGGCGGUCAUCUCCUUCCCGCCGCUCAUCUCCAUCGAGAAGAAGGGCAACAGCGGCGGCCAGCAGCCGGCCGAGCCACACUGCAAGAUCAACGACCAGAAGUGGUACGUCAUCUCGUCGUGCAUCGGCUCCUUCUUUGCGCCCUGCCUCAUCAUGAUCCUGGUCUACGUGCGCAUCUACCAGAUCGCCAAGCGUCGCACCCGCGUGCCGCCCAGCCGCCGGGCUCCGGACGCUGCCACCGCGCCACCCGGGGGCGCGGAGCGCAGGCCCAACGGCCUGAGCCCGGAGCGCGGCGCGGGCCUCGCGGGUGCGGAGGCGGAGCCGCUGCCCAUCCAGCUAAACGGCGCCCCCGGGGAGCCGGCGCCGGCCGGGCCGCGCGAGGCCGACGCGCUGGACCUGGAGGAGAGCUCGUCGUCCGAGCACGCCGAGCGGCCCCCGGGGCCCCGCAGACCCGAGCGCGGCCCCAGGGCCAAGGGCAAGGCCCGGGCGAGCCAGGUGAAGCCCGGGGACAGCCUGCCGCGCCGCGGGCCGGGGGCGACUGGGGCCGGGGCGCCGGCGGGGCCCGGGGAGGAGCGCGGCGGGGGCGCCAAGGCGUCGCGCUGGCGCGGGCGGCAGAACCGCGAGAAGCGCUUCACGUUCGUGCUGGCCGUGGUCAUCGGCGUGUUCGUGGUGUGCUGGUUCCCCUUCUUCUUCACCUACACGCUCACGGCCGUCGGCUGCUCCGUGCCGCGCACGCUCUUCAAGUUCUUCUUCUGGUUCGGCUACUGCAACAGCUCGCUGAACCCGGUCAUCUACACCAUCUUCAACCACGACUUCCGCCGCGCCUUCAAGAAGAUCCUCUGCCGCGGGGACAGGAAACGGAUCGUGUGAGCUCUCCGCUCGUGCCCCGCGUAGACUCUCGCCGACCACGGACAACCGGCAUCGAGGAGGGGCGCGUCUACGCAAACCCCAGCACUCGGAAACCCAGGACCUGCCUACUCUGCGUUUCCUGACUGACUUGGGGGGUGCUCUGUGGCCUCCUGCGAGCAUAUGCUGGUCCUACAAGGGAAAAGUUCUGGCUGGAACCAAUUGUUGCUACGGCCCUCGUGACCUGGAGCCAGCUUCUUGGUGGGCCGUCCCCAAUCAGUAUUGUUUCCUAAAGGUGUUUUCACCCUCUCUCCCAGGGUCCCGCCCUCGAAGCUUUUGAGAGCAAGCCCUGAACUACAGAGGGCAUGGCUUACAAAGGGUUAAUGAAUGGGAGUUACCUGCUCUGGCUAAUUCCCCCUCACCCUCACACUCUUAAAAAACAACAACAACAACAAAAACUGCUUAGGGCAGCCCUGCCCACCCUCCCCAACCCCCCACUGUAAAUACACACUAUUUUUGAUAGUACACCCGGGGCCCCCAUGUCGGUGGGCCCUGGUUUUGAUGUUGGCAUCCUGGCCUUCUGAGGUAUGCACUCCAGGCAGACACUGCGUCUGGUUCAGGCCAAGCCCCUUUGCGAUGCAAGCCCUCUUCUGGUGUUAUGUCCCUCUGUGUCCUUUUCACCAGCAACUGGUGACUUGCUUUGAGGUUUCCUGACAGGGAAAAGAUUUCUGUCCAUUUUUUUUUUCCUGUGCCUAACAGCAUAAUUGCCUUUUCCUAUGUAAAUAUUGUAACGAUGGAUCAAGAUGCAUCAGCCCUGGGUAUAAAGCCAUUAUCCUCUGAUGCACCGGUCGCCCCAGUGACUCCCUUUAAAACCGUCUCUUUCCGGUGCCCCCUCUCUCCCUCCAGGGCCGCUGCUUGAAGAAGGAUAUGUAUGUUUUCUAUUGUGUAUGUAUGUGCUGCCCCUUCCUCCCCGAGAGCGCUGACUAUGGGGGAAAUCUUUUAGCUGCUGUUUUUAGACACAGAGGAGUGGAAAUUAUGUGGAAGAAGCAAACCUGAUACACCUUGCCCAAGGUCAACAGUGUGGAAAGACAAAUGAGCCUGCCAAACUGUACGGUUCCUGCCCCCAGAGCUCUUAGGUAUCAAAGCGUUGUCUUUCCCGCCUCCCUGCUCUUCUGGUGGAGAUCCUGUCCCUGAUGGACUGCCAGAGGCAGGGGAGGAGGUGGAGACCUUGUGUUUACAUCUGUGUUUCUACACGUUUCAGACAGAGACAAUUCAAGGCUCUUAUUUCACUAAGGAAAAACUAAUGUCAGCACAUGUUGCUAAUGACAGUGGAUUUUUUUUAAAAUAAAAAAGUUUACAGAUCAAAUGUGAAAUAAAUAAGAAUUAAAUGGUUCUCCUGUCUGUUAUCUGAGUUUUCAAAAGCUUUAAGACUCUGGGAUCAUCUGAUUUUAUGUAUUUUUUUAAAAAUAAAAAAUACACAUACAUUA